CUAGUCUGAGAACAUAGCUUCGUUAGAAGUACAACCGGUCAACAUUCUUUUCAUAUUCAAUAAAGAACAUCUUCGUAAACCACAAAAAUGACGCGUGAUUUGCAGCCAGUCCGUAUUCGCGGUGCGAAGGUGCGGGAGUUCGCCCAAUGUCGCCCCGUUACUACGGGCAGCGCAGGCAUGGGUGCUGCAUUUAGUUUCUAUCCAGAAGAUUCACGAGACAACAACUCGAGAUCGUUGCAGUUUGAUAGCAGCAUAAGUACGAGACGCGGCAAUGGCACAGGCACUGGUAGUGGAGCAGGAGCCGGUCGUGUAGGAUUCGGAUUUGGAACUAGCACUUCAUCCACGACAACAUUUCCUAGUCUCGGAGGUGGCUCUAAGAACAACAACUACAAGUCCUCUUAUCAGGAUGACGAUUUGUCUGGUGGCUGGAUUGACAUGAAAUCGUUUUACGGCUCACUGACAGCGGGAGGAUCGAUGCCAUCCAAACCUAAGAGCUCUUACGGUACUAGUAGGCCGGCAAAGACGAAUAAUUCUGGUGGAAAUGCAACUCGUGCAGGUCACGCCUUAGUGAAUCCAGGAGGUUCUUCUGCUACCUCUGGUGAUCAUACUACAGCCAAUAGACCCAGCACUACACCGCAACAUCAGAAGAGUGUCAUCGUCGUAGCACCUGGAGAGAGAAUACCACCAGUGAAGGGAGCAACUGCGAAUGGAUAUGCUGGACAAGCGCAGCGAGGGCAGCCAUUCCCUCCAGGAGGACAGCAUCAAGGAGACUCAGUACAAGAACAAGAUGAAAAACAAGGAGACACCGCCAAUGCAACAUCAAAACGGAACCUUCACGAAAGACCCUUCACCUGUGACGCAAAGCUCUUCCGUGGCAGCUUUGAUGAUUUUAAAGGGAGGAAAAAGUUGAGUCCGGAAGAGAGACAGAUACAAGCGAAGUUGGAUAAUGCAUUGAAGAAAGCAGCGAAAGAGAACAGGUUCGAUGCGAUGGUGAAGAGUGAUGGUACUUCUAUCUAGAUCUAGUAUUUCUGUUAAACAACGACAAAGACGACAACUUCUACCUAGACUCUCCCCCACAAACGGCUACGUACUGCAGGUACUUUCAAGCGUCAAGUCUGGGCAGAGAUGAUCAAAGAAGGUCUUAUCGGCUACAACAAGACUACCAAAAAAGCGCAAGUCGAGAUGGGAGCUAGGGAUGCUCCAUCCUUUCUGAAGCUUUUAGUCCGGAGAUUCGGCACCAUCAUGCGAGCCUGGAGAAACGGACUGGAUAUGGAUGGCAACGGCAGAAUUUCCUACUUCGAGUUUUGUAAAGCAGCAAGGGCUAUCGGCUAUGAGAGCAGUUUGAGACAGUUGUGGAACGAGCUCAACGACAAUGACGAUAAAGCGUUUAUCACUUUGGACGAAUUAGAUCGUGAAACCUUCGAUCGGAUCAACUACUUCAACGACUUGCUGACUGCGAAAUACUCUUCUCUUCUCGACGCUUGGCGGUCGUUUGACUCGGAGAAACAACAACAGAUCUACGAGAAGCGAUUCAGAGAGGUGUUGACGACGAAACUCGGGUUUGACGAGAACAGGUUUUCUAUUGAGAAACUGUAUAAGGACUUGGACUACGAUGGGAAUGGGUUUUUAACGAUCGACGAUUGGAUGUUCCUCAAGAAAUGGGUUACAACGGAAGAUUUGAGGAUGCUGGAAGAUUUUAGGAAGGUACAACUUGGUACUAACACCUUGUUUGUGACAGACCUGCUGGUACAACUUGGUACUAAAAACACCUUGUUUGUGAUAUAAUACCAAUUUUCCACGCAUUACAACUGAACCCAACCUCCGCAACCCCAGGCCCUCCAGCGCCAGCACUUCAAACCCGCCGAUGCUUUUCAUAAGAUUUUUGACGUCAACGGAAACGGCAGUAUCGAUCCAAAGGAGUUCGUUGACGGUUGCAAAAAGCUCAAAUUGCUAUCUUCUUCGUCUUCAAGUAGCAACAGUGCUGGCGGAAACGGUGCACCCCGUUCUUUGAGUUUCAAUCCUAGACGCGUUUUCGAAGUUCUAGACGCAGAUGAAUCUGGCGAAAUCAGCGUUUCGGAGUUUAUCAAACUGUUUUCAGCCACAGAGGAGAACAAAGUCACCGCUAUAGACGAACACAACCCUCUCCCUGCAAUCCAAAAAGAGAUUCAGAACAAGUUUGGAUGCGAGGUGCAACUCGAGGAAUUAGAGCCGCCAUUGAAAAAGAGCUUCCAGUUAUACGAUGCUGUUUUUAGGCGGUUAGAAGAAAAAGAACGGCAAGACCUGCACGAUUUGAUGCGCUACAAUUGGGAUGCGAAUGCGGAUGGGGCUAGUAAGGGUGGGGCGGAAUUGCCAGAUGUGCAAGAGGUAAAUUCUUAAAUAGAUGCUUUUUUUUGUCAUUGUCUGAUCUCGAUGCUGUUCAAUGGAUUCACUCUGUAGUACUUGGAGAUAUUCGUGGAGAUGGCCACAUUCAUACAUAAUAAAUAUACAACUCAAAUAAGUCAAACAACAUUGGCAUCUAUCUCAUCCUCAACAACAGCUCUCCGAUCUCGACCUUCUACUGGAGCAAGCUAUGCAGGCUCAGGGGUGGCUAAAGCGACAGGUGAUGGAGGAUCCGAAGCGCCCAUGGCCUACCAGGACCUACAAUCGUGGCAACCUCAAGCCGCCAUUCCAUGAAGCCUUUGAUCCGGGAAUCAAAGGUCGUCGUCGCUGUCUCGAAAAAGCCACUUACAAAUACGAAGCCCAGUACGGACAGCAGAAGUUUAGGAGACUCCGAGACAUGGCGCGACUUUCUCUGCAUUUCGAAAAGUGCAAAGAUCUGUUGGUGGCAUUGCGGGAACUGCCAAAAUUUUUCACGGUUAUUCAGCUAGACAAUCGAAUGCGGUUUCCGACAGCUUUGGGCUGGAGGGAUUUCGCAGCCUUAGUUUUGGGCGAAGACGAUGAAGGCAAAAAGCACAUAUGCGAAAUCCAACUGCAACUGUCGGCUUAUACGAAUUAUGAAGACGAGUCAAUUUCAGAUACAAUAAAUUGACACCUUGUAGUUGCAUGUGUCGUGACAGCUGGGUCAUGAUCUUCUUCAUAGGCACUCGAACAUGUGCUCGUAAUGCAGUCUCAACCCCAUUUUUACUCUACAAGAACACUCGUCGUGGUCCCUCGCAACAUAAUUAUUACGUCAACCUCUUCCAUGACUUUCUCCUCUCCCACGCCCCCUCCAAGAUCUUCAGCAUAAUCAUUAGACGUCAACCUCUUCCAUGACUUUCUCCUCUUCUAAUCCCAAGCCCGCGAGACUGCUCACCAGCACUAUCGUGCUUUGCGUGAGAAGAUCCCGCUUUUGGUAGGAAACAAGCAAGCGGAGGCGCUGCAAGAGGCGAUACUAGACGCGUUGCAGUGCGUGAGACAACGGGACUUCAGUUCUCACGUUCAAGUUGGCGUGGAUAUGGACAGAUCGAAAGUAUGGACACAACCGUGGCAGAAAAACCCGACGGUACUAAUUUUCUCCACCUGUUGUAAGUAGUUUGGUACUAAUUUUGUCGGCGUGGAUAUGGACAGAUCGAAAGUCCCAUAUAUAUCGAAAAGUCGGCGUGGAUAUGGAAAGUAGUUCUUACAACUGGGUGCUGUAGGUCCCGCAACGCUUUAGGAACAAACAAAGUAAUAAAUUAGCCCGCUAAAGAUUUCCCUCGAUAGUUCGGAGGUCGUUCGUAACUACCCUAUACGCAGCAUAAUUCACUAGUUCUAGUACCUGUGUAUUCGCUUGCUCAGCUCUCUCGCUCUCGCCUACAAUGCGUCUAGCUACGUCAAUGGCGAAGCGGAUAACGUUGUCGCUGCACGCUUCAAUUCAUUGGUUCUACCUCCUCAUCUCCUAGUAUUUCUAUAGAGAAGAUCAUGCUGUGGUCUCCGAGAACUUUAUUGAUGAGACGCGGGUAACGGUAAGCACCUGAUUGAGCAUGUGCUCCAAAUAGAUAAUACCCCACUGCAGCUCUUUGACUUUGUUAUCCGCAAAAGUCAUACACCCAGGUAACCACCAACGUGCGGAACACCCGUCGAGCCCCUAAAAGCUCGCAGGAAUUCCCUGAAAAUCGGCCUGAAUUACCCAUUGUUUCUAUGCGUACAGCUUGGAUGCGGGAAAACCUGGCUGGUGCAGGCAGUUUCCCGCCCGCCGUCCCAGAUCUGCGAGAUAAUCGACCCUGGUUGCCUGCAGGUGGCUUGCAAAAUGGGCUCUUCACAAAUUUUGCCGGGUCGGAGAUAAAUUUAUGCAAAUUUCCAAACUGAAAUGCUGUUUAAGAGUACGUGUGAUUAUCAUCCUCAUCUUUCAAUUUCCAAACUGAAAUGCUGCUUAGGAGUAAGUAUGAUUAUCAUCAUCAGCUUUCCAUCCAAUCCAAAAAAAAUUAUAAUUCAAACAAAAAUACAUCUCCCACACGUUCUCUUCUAACCUCCGAAGCCCGCGAUGGUGGUAACAUCAACCACGGAGGCGGUGUCGGAAAGCAGGAGGCGUUCGAAAACUUCGAUCAAAGACUCGCGCAGCUAGAGUAUGAAGCUGGGAUUCGAAAGUUGGUGAAGGCCAACAAGAUGAACAAAGCUGUCAAUGGCUCUCAGAAAGGGACGAGGGGUGCUGGGGGUCGCUGA